AUGAAUCUCCUCGUAACAUCAUUUUGGUUCUUCUCGUGCGACCUUCUCUACGUUGUAGCAGAAGUGGGCGAAAAUGGUGGGCUCGGUCCUGCGAGCGAUCCUAACGACGAAUACUAUUACCUGCAAAAGGCUUACCUGGAGGCCAUCUAUAUACCGGAGGCUUGGGGUAUCCUGGACUCUACUCCCAAGAGAACACCUGUGACCAUCGCAGUUAUUGAUGACGGAAUCGAGGCCAUUCACCCUGACUUGGAGGGUACCGUCAUCAAGGGCUACAACGUCGUUAAUAAGAAUGAUGAUACCCGUCCUCGAGGACCACAUGGAACCCAGAUGGCUGGCAUCAUCGGCGCUAUCAGAAAUAACAGGAUCGGUAUAGCGGGUAUUCUGGACAGUGUGCGCAUACUGCCCAUAUGUACGGGUAAGGUUUCGACUUGGCCUGCAGUAGCCGAUGCUUUCACCUACCUGAUCGACAAGAGGAAAGAUGAUGUGAAAGUUAUUCUCUUGGCGGAAGGAUCCACAUCAACUACUUCCCAAGCCGUUACCGACAAGAUUCUGGCAGCAACUGCAGCCGGCAUGCUCGUUGUCAUCACGGCGGGGAAUUACGGCCUGGAUCUGGACAUAAACCCAUUCUUCCCUUGUUCUUACGGCCGUUCACCCACUGAUGGAGUGUUGUGUGUGGCUGCAACACAUGGUACCAAAAUGGAGCUUACGGAGCUGAGCGAUUUUGGUCUAGCUGUUGACAUCGCCGCUCCAGGAUAUAAAAUAGCUACAACUUUUCUCAAAGGGGAGUACGGCACAGCUUCGGGCACUUCGGAAGCAUCCGCUGUCGUAGCAGGUAUAGCUGGGAUGCUCUACAGUCUUGAACCAUCUGUGAAGGCCAAACUUAUCCCUGCUUACAUCAAAAAGAUCAUCAUGGAUACGGCCACCCAAGGUCUCAAGGACAGUAAAGGGGUGAAGACUCUCCCCUUUGGCCGCGUGAAUGCUGCGGCGGCUGUCAAUAGGAUACUUGGAAGAAAGUAG